AUGAAAAAUUAUAAUUCAUAUCAAGAAUAUAGGAAAACAUCUGUUCCUUCAGAGGCUUCCUCAGUUAAAUCACAAAUAACAGUUCAAUCAUAUUUAACAGUAUCACCUGUAAUUAUUGAAUAAUAAUAUAAAUGAUUAGAAAUAACGAAACUAACUAAUACGUUCAUCUUUUAAGGUUUACUAAGAAAUGAUUUAGGAAAUCAGUUAGAAUUAAUAAUGUAAAUUAUCUUUACGUUUUGAACAAAUUCAUUUAUUAAUGGCUACACAGAAAUUGUUUCUACAUUUAUAAAAGAUGCAAGUAUUUUAUCAGAAGCAAAAAAAAUAAGAGGCCUUUUAAUCAAUAUUAAGAUUAGGUGCAAUAGAUUAUAGCAAUAAUAGUAGUAUGUUUAAGACUCCUUAGAGAAGUCAUUCUCCAGGAAUAGUGUCUAGAGAUAUAGGGUAAUAUGUUAUUAAAUUAUUUUAGAAUGGAAAAGAAUAUACAAAAUUAAUAACUUAUAAAAAUUAUUUAAGAUUUAUAAUCACAAAUAGCUGGUAAAGAACUUUGUAAGACAAUUUAUUUAAUUUAAACUAAGAUAAUGAAAGAUAGUUUAUUUUAAAUAAAAUAUCAAAUAAAAUUAUCAUUAAAGUUCGAGAAAAUUAAAAAUAUUUUAGAAGUUUCUUCAAAACGAUUUGCAUUAAAUGAAUUGAGAGAAAGAAAUAAUAAGAGCAAGAAAAUAGAAGCUGCUAGUUAUUUAUUAGCUUUUAAAUUGGAAAAAUUUAAGUUAAAUAUAUAAUUUACUUUUUUUUAUUAACUAAAAUUAUCAUAGAUGAAAUAAUAAUUAAUUACGAAAGAUUAGAUUUAAUUAAAAUUAAAUGGAUAUAAAAUGGGAGAAAAAAAUGAAAACAUAAAAUUAUUAAAACUUCAUUAGAUGAUAAUUAAGUUUUGUUAUAGAUUUCCAUUUAAUUAAUUAAAAAAAUAAUAAUAUUAAUAAAUAGAAUUAAUAUAGAGAAAUAGUGCUUCAAUAUAGAGAUUUUCUUUAGGGCAAUUAUCAUAAACAAUGUCAUAAUAGGUUUCAUAAGUUUUAGAAGCAUCACCAAAAAGUGAAGAAUAAAAUGUAGAAGAAUAAGAAGUAGAAUAACAACCAAUUGUAGUAUAAAAACAAAAAUCUUUUUAAAAAGCAAAUGGAAAAUUAGCAAAAUAAAUUAAAUUAUACAGUAAUAAAUGAUAAUAUUUUGAAUAGUUAAUAAAUGUGAAGAGUAGAAGCAACUAGCAUAAUAGUAGAAAUUAGAAUUUAUGUCAAGAUCAUCAAAAAAAAAUAUUUAGGAUGAAAUAGAGUUAUAGAAAUAAAAAUCUAAAUCUAAUGUAUAAGGUAGAUUAUUUUUGGUGGCAAUAUUCAUAAUUAUUUUAAUUUUUUUAUUUAAUGUUAUUAUUUAUUGA